AGUAUUAUGCAGAUCUUUUCUUUUUUUUCCUCCUGCCUUUCAAUUCUUUAUUCACUCUUUGAAAAAACGCUCUUUUAAAAAACUCUUUCAGUCUCUUUCUGCACAGAAACAUCAUGAGCCUCUAUUGUCCUGCUCUUUAUUGGAGACUCUUUUCUGUCCAGCUGAUUCCCGUCCCAGUCACUUCUCUGAGCCAUUGUUUCUCACACUGUCGCCUCUUUGUGUCUCACGUCACAGCGCUAUACUGUGCUGGUGCCAGAUCCAGCGUCCGGGAGUCCCCCUCCCAGCCUCUGUGACCGACCUCCUGCAGCGAGUUUCACAGCAUGAGGACGCGAUCCGGGAGGGCAUCAGAAAGGCUUUGGAGAGUCCUCCUCCCAGUGUGAGCUCCGUCUCCGAGAGCAUGGAGGAUCUGCAGGUGCAGCCGGCGGACUCCGGCUGCUGUGGAGGAGAGGGAUGUAAAGACACGGACUGCUGCAGGAACGGAGACAAAAUGGACCUGGACGUUCCUCACCAGCAACAAAAGUUCUCUUCUGGAUCCACUGACGGCUCCUCAGGCUCAAGUGAAAGCCUGAACGAGCUCGUGCAGCGCUGCGUGGAUCUGGUGUCGGAGCUCGGACUGCCGCAGGAGCUCGUCAGUCACAUACAGGAGCUGAAGGACAUGUAGUGACUCACGAUCACAUCCGACAAUACUUGGAAAAGCACAUGAACUAUGAAUUUAAACCGGUUUUAUUGUACAUUUCUUACACGGCAGUGAAGUGCUUUUGAUGUAUUUAAUUUAAAAUAAUUUUGCAAUUUUAUUUUUUAUAAAAAUGGAUGAAGAGUGUGUGAAAAUAAACAUUGAUUUGCAAUAUUUCACUGCAUUUCUGUUCUCACAACCCUUGUUUCCCAAAUAAAAGAAUGAAAAGAAAAACA